GUCGAUACUAUUAAAAAUCAGCUGAUAGUUAAUUACCUUUUGUGCAAACUAUGUUUUUAUUUUAUUCUAUUAAAGCGCAACAAAUACUAUCAUGGCGCGCACAACCGACUUUUCGGACCUCAAUUUUCAAUGUUUACUGUUGAUAUUCAAGUUGCUACAUAACUUAGAUGAUCAAGUCAGUUUUGCACUCUGCUGCCGAAGGUUUCGCGAUGCAUUUGCAUACCUACACCGACAACGAUUCGAAGAAAUAGUUGAUAGCGACAUAAAGCUACGUAAUUUGGACAAUUGGCGUGCCUUUUUAUGGAUGUGCGGAGCCAAUGUCAAAAGGUUAACUUGCUACCGCGACGAUGAUCAUCCGCUGCAAAUAUUAUCUUUGGUGUCGAGAUUCUGCGUCCGCUUGGAGAGCAUUACGCUGCGCAAUGUUACGGUGGUCAGGGCCCAGCCGUAUUUGCUGAAAUUAACAACGCUAGAGAAGGUUUACGUACGUAAUUACAAAAGCACCAGCAUAGAUCUAAUUAAAUGUAUGAAGCUGCGGCUGCCCCACAUACAAUAUCUUGGCUUGGAAUGCUUUGAGCGCAGGGAAUUACAAGAAUUGCGCCACUUCUUUAAUCUGAAGGAGUUGCAAAUGUACGACGAAGUAACAGCGUCCGAUUUCAUUGCCAUUACCAAAUCCAUGAGGAAUUUACGAAAACUGCAGCUGAAAAAUGCCAAGAAAUUUCUGACUACUAAUGCGCUUAAGCAACUGGCCAUAAAUUGUCGACAGAUAGAGAAAUUCAGCUUUCAGGAUAGUGAUGCCGAUCUUACAGUCUUGUCGAUGUUCCCCAACUUGCAAUAUCUUCAGCUUAAUUGUCCAGAUAACCAAAAGGCGCGCUUGUUCAAAACUUUGGGUAGCAAGUGCGCUACGAAUUUGGAAUAUCUCAUAUUGCAACGUAAGCAAUGGAUCGACGAGGAGCAGGCGCAACGCAUUGGCUCAAUCAAAACACUCAAAUGGCUUGUGUGCAAGCCUCGCAAUGAUCGUUGCGUGGCUCAACUGGCGAAUCUAACUCAAUUGGAGUGCCUCUCAUUGCAAUGCGCCCGAGAUAUUGGGGAAUCGGAGCUCUUGAAUUUAAUCCGCAAUAACGAACAGUUGCGGUAUCUGAACAUCUGCUACUGCCUGGGCAUAACCGAUGCCUUCAUUGUAGACAUGCUCAGCAUCUUAGCUCAACGACGGACACAACAGCCGUUGGUGCUUUAUGCAGCUGCAACAGAUAUUAGGCAUGAUAUCAUUGAAAGACUACCAACCGAUUUUGCCUCGAAAUCACUGAUCUUAUACUUUGAGUGUAGUCAAGGGAUGCAUUCCACUGAACAUUAUUAUAGCGACGAACCGGAAUUCGAUCGUUGAUGAUGUUAUUUCGAGAUGUCAGUUAAGCUUAUACACAUCAUUAUGCAUUCGCAUAAGAGAAUACCAAUAAGCUGUUCGUAUACCAAAUUAUAUACUUAGAAUUUUAUAAAAGUAUUUAAUGUAUAUUUAUCCUUCUGUUAUAUUACACUUUAAGUGCUUUAUAUUACACGAUAAUAACGCUUAUUUCAA